CCCUCCCGCCUCGCUCUCCCUUCCAAAAACUUCCCCCCAAAACUGUUUCCAAUCUCAUUAUCCCGUCUACUCCCCAUUCCCAUUCCCCUCCCCCUCCCCUCCCGUGCGCCGCCGUCUCCGCCGCGGCAGCCAAAAACCCUACCAAACCCCCUCGAAGACACCCCGCCGCCGCCGCCGGCGAGCGACGGACGAGCGGCGAGGAUGUUCUACUCGCACACGUUCCUGGCGCGGAAGAGCCCGCUGGGCACGGUGUGGAUCGCGGCCCACCUCGAGCGCAAGAUCAAGAAGCCGCAGAUCGACGGCAUCGACAUCCCCUCCUACGCAGAGAGUAUAAUGUUCCCUGAGGUUCCAAUUGCUCUAAGAUUAUCAGGGCAUCUUCUUCUAGGCCUAGUCCGUAUUUAUUCGUGGAAGGUAAACUACCUGUUUCAAGACUGCAAUCGAAUGGUAACUACAAUCAGAACUGCAUUCGCUUCUGUACAAGUCGAUCUUCCAUUUGAGUCAGACCGUGUUCGGUUUGAGGCCAUCACAUUGCCGCCUACGUUUAAUCUUGACGACUUAGACCUGGACGAUGCAAUUUGUCAGAUGAAUACACCAGAUAGUCAUCGGAAGGCUCCUGAUGAGAUUACUUUGGGUGAUGGAGAAUAUGUGAUGAUAGACCUUGAUGAGGAUGUUAGAGUAGAGUCAUCAGCUCCUGGUCUAUCAUCACUCAUGGGGCCUAAGCCAAUUGAGAACGAGAUGUUCCCUCCGUUUGAUGAUGGUUUUGGAGAAAAUGACAAUCACAAUGAUGAAAUUCCUCCCCCAGGCAAUUUGCCAGUGAACUCCAACACUAAAAAUCAGACAGAUGGAGCACAAGAUCCACCGGAAAAAAUGCGUGAAGCUUCACAGGAGGGGCCUGGCCUGAACUUAACAGAUUUAAUAAUUGGAAAUGAUGACCCCAUGGAGGUGAACCAGGGUUCUUCACCGUUUGUGCAAAACAAGGUUAUCAGCCCUCCAGUUAUUGACGAAAUUUCUUCUGCUGAUCAACAAAUACCUGGGAGAUCCAUACCCAAUUUACGAACACCGACCAUAUAUGAUCCUUUUGAUGAUGACAACCAGUUACCUGAAUGGAGGAUGAACCCAUCUCUACCUCAAGUACAACCAUCUCCACCUCAAGCGAGAAAUAGAAGGCCAAAAGCACCAGAUAACAAGAGAAAGAGAAAGAGAAGGGUGAAAUUUGAUGAAGAAAUAGUGCUCUCCAAUAACUAUAUGAAGGGUCAAAUUAGUGGCGCUGUAGAUGAGUUGAAACGCAAGAGGAGAAAGCUACCCCAAACGGCCCUGAAUAUGUGGAGAUUCAGCAGGACUAACAGAAGCGACAGCUUCUUCCUUGAACCUUUGCUGCAUGGGAUGUGCAGUAACCUACAUGCAACCUAUGGGAGAAACUUCCCCCGUGUGAGUGACCCUGAUCCUAAGUCUGCUGCCGGCGAACCCACGGCUGGUGAAGCAAAUGGUAGUGGUCAGGAUCCACCGCCUGAAAGACAGCUCACCGCAAAGCCUCAUGGAAAUGAGGAUGCACUGCCUGAACGUCAUAUCACUUCAAGCCCAAAGCCUCAAGGAAAUGCGGAUGCAAACCCCGAACCUCUGCCCACCCUAAAGUCACCAGAAGCCGAUGCAGCACCAGAUGAAGAUAUGUUGCCCGAGUUACCUCGAUUCUCCCCAGUAGAUAUGCCAUCUCCAAUUGGAAGAGAUGAUUCUGCUUUCAAAACUCCUGGUACUAGAACUCCACAGUCUGGACUUGGAGGAACUGGUGUUACUGAAAUUCCACCAUCUGAUGGGAGUUAUCUAUUACCUGGGCAGAAUACUCGUGACUCUGAUAUGGAAUCCCUGUUUCCGAUCAAUGAAGAUGAUUAUGAUCAGCCAGAUAUUCCUGGGCUCAUAAGUACUCCUGGAGUUAUAUCUAGUGCAGGUACUGGCGUCACAGGAUUAGGAAGCAUGUCUGCUAGGACAAGGGUUGUUGCACAGUUCUUCAAAUAUCAUAUGCCUUCAACCUCAUCAGAUGAGCAACCUGGAAAAUUCAGUUUGGACAGAAUCUUGGAAGGGAGAACAAGAAAGCAAGCUGCACGGAUGUUCUUCGAAACAACGGUUCUGAAGAGUUAUGACUAUAUUGAUGCCCGACAAGAAGAAGCAUACGGUGAUAUUGAAAUCUCAGUUAAACCCUCGCUCUCAGCAGACAAACUUUGACAAAAUUAAUUCGAAUCAUGGAAGAAAAGGAUCUCUCGUUCCAUCAGUCCCACAGUAGGAUUUGCAGUGGUUCCCUGAAUAGGGGAUGCGCUGAUGUGGUGUAGCUGGAAACCUACUACAGUUACUGGCAUCUGUUUUCACGUGAGGCUGCAGAAGACAUUUCGUGAAGUUUUAACAUUGUUGUGUUAUCAAAAGCUAGGACACAUGGUUCCGUUCAGAAUUGAGAUUGUUUUCUCAGCCCGUGCUUUCAACAGUAAGCAAAGUGAUGAAAUGGACAGAGAAACUUUUGUUCUAACUUAUAAAUGAUAAUGGUAGCUAUCUGUUAAUCCUAUCUGAAAUGUUUAGUGGCUAGGGACUAGGUUAGCUUACAGAAUGUCAGUGUAAAUAGUGUGAUAUCAUAUAUAUUUUCUCUUUAUGUAA